AUGCUAGUUUUCAAAGAACCCGAAGAAUGCACAGCCCACAAGAUAUUAUACUACGGAAUAUUACUAUUAAUAGUCGUGUACAUGUCCAAACUUAUCAAAUACAUAACGAAGAAAGCAAGUACGUUGAAGAGGGAAGAUUUUAGAUUCUCUCUCAGUCGCAACAAAGAUAGUGGUGGGCAAGGGCUGGGAGAAAGGCAUAGGAAACGCCAGAGAAGGAAAAAGACCGUGCGAAUCACAACAGACCAAUGGACAAGAGAGAGACCCUGCCAUUUAGAAGAGGAAGAUGAAUAA